AUGAGAGUGCAAGAUAGAACAUUUAUUAUCUCCGGCGGAUCCUCCGGGCUGGGCCUGGCAACUACCACAGGCUUAGUUCACAAUGGGGCAUAUGUUGCUGUCUUUGAUCUUACUGAACCUGCCAAAGCCAUCGUGGAGAAACUCCCACCCAAUCGGGUGAAAUUCUACCCAGUAGAUAUUGCAUCCACGACAAGUGUUGCAGACGCAGUGCAAGAUACUGUCAAAUGGAGUAAUGAGACCCACGCCCCCUUAGGGGGCACUGUUUGCUGCGCAGGUGUUCUUGCCCCAGGAAUGAUAAUCAACUCUUCUUUCGAGCCGUUGGCUCUUUCAACUAUCCAAAAUGCCAUCAACAUCAAUCUUGUCGGAACCCUCAAUCUUAUCCGUCUCGUGGUCUCCCAGCUUGCCCAGUUACCCGAAUCAAUCGACCCUGGGAACGAAUAUGAACGAGGGGUCGUCGUCAUGGUGUCUUCGGCUGCGGCAUACGAUGGACAGCCGGGCCAAGUGGCAUAUUCAGCUACGAAAGGGGCCAUCCGGUCACUUACACUACCCUUGGCACGAGAUCUGAGUCGAUAUGGGAUCAGAGCUGUCUCUAUUGCUCCUAGUCUCUUCUCCACUGCUAUGACCGCGAAGGGGAAACUGCCUGAAAAGGCACGACAGACGAUCGAGCGCAACUUUGAAUGGCCGAAACGAGCGGGAAAGCCCGACGAGUUUUCAGAGUUUGUUCUAGAAAUAUGUCGGAACCGGAUGCUUAAUGGAUGUUGUUUGAGGCUUGAUGGGGCAAUGAGGUUACCUUCUAAAUUGUGA